AUUAUUUUCUUAAGAACGUUGUUUAAGAUGUAGUUUCUUUUCAGGCUGCAGUAGUAGUCCAGGUGAGUUGCUCUUAUUGUUCAUGGUGGUCUUAGCUUUUCGCAUGAAUGACUGCUUUCUUGGUGGGUAAAUUUCUUCCAUCGUGUGUCAGUUUUGAUUCUGGGGACUUAUAUCCAGAACUGAAAAGAACACUUCCCAUUUUUAGGUCCUAACAUUUGGCUGGAGUACGGCCAGUACUCAGUCGGUGGGAUUGGCCAGAAGGGCGGCCUUGAGAAAGUGCGCUCUGUGUUUGAAAGGGCGCUCUCGUCCGUCGGCCUACACAUGACCAAAGGGCUCGCCCUAUGGGAGGCUUAUCGAGAGUUUGAAAGUGCGAUCGUGGAAGCUGCUCGGCUUGAGAAGGUCCACAGUCUAUUCCGGCGGCAGCUGGCGAUCCCACUGUAUGAUAUGGAGGCCACAUUUGCAGAGUAUGAAGAAUGGUCAGAAGACCCAAUACCAGAAUCAGUAAUUCAGAGCUAUAACAAAGCGCUGCAGCAGUUGGAGAAAUACAAACCCUAUGAAGAAGCACUGUUGCAAGCAGAGGCGCCGAGGCUAGCCGAGUAUCAAGCGUACAUCGAUUUUGAGAUGAAAGUCGGAGAUCCCGCUCGCAUUCAGCUGAUCUUUGAGCGUGCCCUGGUCGAGAACUGCCUCGUCCCUGACUUGUGGAUCCGCUACAGUCAGUAUCUGGAUCGGCAGCUGAAAGUCAAGGAUUUGGUUUUAUCGGUACAUAAUCGUGCUGUUAGAAACUGCCCCUGGACAGUCGCCCUGUGGAGUCGGUAUCUCCUGGCCAUGGAGAGAUACGAAGUUGAUCAUCAAAAGAUUUCGGCGACCUUCGAGAAAGCUUUGAAUGCCGGCUUUAUUCAGGCCACCGAUUAUGUGGAGAUUUGGCAGGCGUACCUUGAUUACCUGAGGAGAAGGGUUGAUUUCCAACAAGACUCCAGUAAAGAGCUGGAAGAGUUGAGGUCCACGUUCACUCGUGCUUUGGAGUAUCUGAAACAGGAGGUCGAAGAGCGUUUCAACGAGAGUGGAGACCCAAGCUGCGUGAUCAUGCAGAACUGGGCUAGAAUUGAGGCUCGACUGUGCAAUAAUAUGCAGAAAGCCCGGGAACUCUGGGACAGCAUCAUGACCAAAGGAAACGCCAAGUACGCCAACAUGUGGCUUGAAUAUUACAACCUGGAAAGGGCGCAUGGCGACACCCAGCACUGCCGGAAGGCUCUCCACCGGGCUGUCCAGUGCACCAGUGACUACCCCGAGCACGUCUGUGAAGUGUUGCUCACCAUGGAGAGGACAGAAGGUACUUUAGAAGAUUGGGAUAUAGCCGUUCAGAAAACUGAAACUCGGCUAGCUCGUGUUAAUGAGCAGAGAAUAAAGGCUGCAGAGAAGGAAGCAGCCCUGGCCCAGCAAGAAGAAGAAAAGGCUGAACACCGGAAGAAGGCCCGGGCUGAGAAGAAAGCACUGAAAAAGAAGAAAAAGAUCCGAGGUGGAGACAAACACAGAGCAGAUGAGGAUGAUGAGAAAGAGUGGGGCGAUGAUGAAGAAGAGCAACCUUCCAAACGCAGGAGAGUUGAGAACAGCGUCCCUCCAGCCGACGAAGCACGAGGCAUAGGCAUGGAAGCAGAACUGGCUGGGAAGAGGGCACCUGUGCAUGUCGACCCCCCUGCCAAGCAGAAGGCAAAGGCUGCCUCCCUGAAGAGGGACAUGGCCAAGGUGCCCCAUGACAGCAGUAAGGACAGCAUCACGGUCUUCGUCAGCAACCUGCCCUACAGCAUGGAGGAGCCAGACGUGAAGCUCAGGCCUCUCUUCGAGACCUGUGGCGACGUCGCCGAGAUCCGCCCCAUCUUCAGCAACCGUGGGGACUUCCGAGGGUACUGCUACGUGGAAUUUAAAGAUGAGAAGUCGGCCCUGCAGGCCCUGGAGUUGGACCGUAAAAAUGUGGAAGGGAGGCCAAUGUUUGUUUCCCCCUGUGUGGAUAAGAGCAAAAAUCCUGAUUUUAAGGUGUUCAGGUACAGCACUGCCCUGGAGAAGCACAAGCUGUUCAUCUCGGGCCUGCCUUUCUCCUGCACAAAAGAGGAGCUGGAGGAAAUCUGCAAAGCUCAUGGCACCGUGAAGGACCUCCGGCUGGUUACCAACCGGGCUGGCAAACCCAAGGGCCUGGCUUAUGUGGAGUAUGAAAAUGAAUCCCAGGCGUCGCAGGCUGUCAUGAAGAUGGACGGCAUGACUAUCAAGGAGAAUGUCAUCAGAGUGGCAAUCAGCAAUCCCCCUCAGAGGAAAGUUCCAGAGAAGCCAGAGGCGAGGAAAGCACCAGGUGGCCCCAUGGUGCCGCGGCAGAUUUAUGGAGCGCGGGGGAAGGGAAGGACCCAGCUCUCUCUCCUGCCUCGGGCCCUGCAGCGCCCGAGCACCGCAGCUCCCCAGACGGAGAACGGCCCUGCCCCGCGUCCAGCAGUUGCCACCUCAGCGGCCACCGAGGCACCCAAGAUGUCCAAUGCUGAUUUUGCCAAGUUGCUUCUGAGAAAGUGAACGGGACUCAGCGAGAGGAGGGAAAUGCCUUACUUCGUGCUGGCCCGGAGCCCACCAGUCAACCAGCUGCGUGCCAGGGGGCCGCUGAUCACCGUGCGGAGGCGCUGGUGCAGCACCCGGCUCACUGGCCCCGGUUUAGACAGAAAAGGGAAGGGUGUUCAAGUAAAGAGUCUUUAACGCUCCCUCAUAUUGAGGGCAACGGGAGAACGGUCACUACAGUUUGGGCACAGGGUAUAGUUUCCUAAGCUAUUUUUGUCUCUUGAAGAGUGUGAGAAUCAGAAGUGAAACCUGAACACAGUUUUGAGACCACUUGUCCAAGUGUUUCUGGUCAACUCCUGGCCCCUUUUAUAAGACACUUGUCUUUCACCCUGCAUAGCACAUGUGCCCGUCACUCUUUUAACGUUUAAAAGACAAUAACGGCAGAUGCUAGUAAUUCACCAGAAUGGCCUAUUUUAGUAAAGGGGUGUGGGAACAGGGGAGGUCACAUAAAAAACAGUUGAUGGAUUUUUGUUUAAGGGGGCUGUGCAUUUUUAUAUUAUGAAUUUGUAAAUGACCUGUCAACGCAUUGUUUAUGUUUCCUAAAAGCAAAAUGCUGGCGACGGUUUUAUAUAAGAAUUCUGUAUGCUACCUGCUGUGGACCAUUUUCUUUGCCUAGUGACUAGUGACCUGUGUUCUUUGUCUAAAUACUGAGUUUCAGCCCUUUGGUUUUGUUUAAAUAAAUACCAUGUCAAGUGCAAAGUUAAA